CCGUGUCGGGUGUCGGAGCUCAUCUCGCAGCAAGUGCCAUCACUGAGGUCAUCUUGUUGUGUAAUGAUCUACUUGACAAAUAUCCUGUAGCAGGGAUAUAUUUGAUGAGUGUUUAAAAUUAAUAGUGCGCGGAUAAGAGCAGCCUUUGAGAUGCAUCGCGGGUCCGUCCGGAGAUGACGCGCCGGUGUCCGCUCCUCGGCUAGCCGUAGUUUGGUUCGUGCGGUGUCCCGGUGACGGUGAGCGAGCGCCGGCCAUGAGGAAGGCUUUUUUGCGGCAGGUCCGGCGGUUUCCGUGGGCCACCAAUGUGACACUAUACGGAUGCCUGUUCGCCGGUGGGGAUUUCGUUCACCAGUGGUUUUCACGGAAAGAGGAAAUGGACUGGAGGCACACACGUAACGUCGCCGUCGUCGCGUUCAGUUUCCAUGGCAACUUCAACUUCUUCUGGAUGCGGUUCUUGGAGCGCAGGUUUCCCGGGAACUCCGCCGGGAUGGUGCUGCGGAAGCUGCUGCUGGACCAGACCACGGCGGCCCCGCUGGCCACCUCGGUCUUCUACACAGGCGUUAGCUUCUUGGAGGGCAAGGAGGACAUCCUGCAAGACUGGAGAGAGAAAUUCCUGAACACAUACAGGACAGGGCUGAUGUUCUGGCCAUUCAUGCAGUUUGUGAACUUCGCCUUGGUGCCUCUGUAUGUGCGGACCACCUUCACCGGCUGCUGUGCCUUCAUCUGGGCCACCUUCCUGUGCUUCUCGCGUCAGAGCGGCGACGGGACCGCCGCUGCUGCCCUGGCGUGGAUGUUCCCUCCCAAAGAGCUCACGGUAGAUCUCACGGAGGAUAAAGCAGAGUCCGCACAGGAGAAAGGACAGUCUAAAGAGAAGGAGCAUGUCUUGAAAGAUGAGGCGGCAGCAUCUAAACAGAAAUAAAAGAUGCAAAAACCAGUUGUCAUAAGGGGAGGGAGCAAAACCUUAACGGGACAGUCCCGGUCUGGGUCAGGAUCCAGCUGCUCCAGUGGUCUGCAGCUGCAUGUCACUUGAUGGUUGAGUGUAGAAUCAACACUGCCAGCUGGGUUUAUUUGUACAUGAUGAAAUAUAUUGGAUGAAUUCACAAGGAUUCUUAUAUCUAUAGGAAUGUAUUUUGGCUCAGCAGAGAUUCAGUUCGAAUCAUGAUGCACUAUUGCUAAUUCAGUUUCAAAACGAUUUUUAUUUUUUGGUUGAUUUGAGUUUGUAAACUAUAAUUCGAAUCAAAGAUUUGAUUUAAUUAAAUGUGCAAUAAUGCCAGACUACCCUGAAAUGUGAAAAAAAAAAAAAUCAGACAGAAUGGCUAAAACAUUAUUUAUUCUAAAAAAUACAUAAAGUGAAAAAAAUCAUAGUAUUCUGUCAGAUCACAACAAUAUUAGGCCUUUUUUUAAGAAUCCUGAAUAAUUCAGAGCACAUCAUAUUGAUUCAGGCUGAAGGCAGAGAGAUUCUAUUUGUGUGUUUCAGCAGAUCAAGAUCAAUGCAGUUGAAUCAGCAGGAUUUAUAACUGACGCAAUGAAUGACUCGUUACACCCCUCUGUAUCUGGGAUUUAGCUAUUAUGAUGAGCAGAUAAUUGAAAUGUAAAUUUUUUAGCGGUGACUUGUCAUUGUUCCAAACAGCCCGGUUCACAUCUAAAUGAGAAGAUUUGAAAGAGUUGAUGUGUGAGGAAGAGGAAGGAAGUUAUUUCCACUGUGUGGAGUGGCAGCUAACUUUCUAGUUUAGACUUCCAGCUUGAUAAAACACUCAGAAGCUGUUUGUCAGUAAAGAGUGCUCUGCAAGAGGGUGGCUGAUCUCUGAAUGUAGGAAAAAAAAACAAAAAACUGUAGGGAUGUUCUUGUUUGGUGCCGGUGUACUUUCUGGCACUGCAGGUGCUUAUUACAAAUGCACACAGGUUUGGGAUCAGUAUGACAAUGGUGAUCACAUUGGGCAAGGAAACUGCCAGCACUUGGAGCUCUGAGCAAAGCGAACAAGAAGGACAACAUGACUUCCCUUCCUUGUACAGUUUGUUAAAACUUGGUAUACAGUUAUUUAUAUUUUAACUCAUCUCAUGCUUCACAUCUCAAUAAUGUAAUGCUGAAGAUUACUUUGAGUGCAUUUAAUAAUGACUCAUUUGUGCCAGUCAUUUACUUGAACAAGGAAAUACUGCCUCUAGUGUCUUUUGCGCUAAUACAGUACUGUGGAACUCUCUCUCUCUCUCUCUCUUUCUCUCUCUCUCUCUCUCUCUCUCUCUUUCAGAUUCUGCCAUUUCAGAGAUUUCCAUGUCACAUCAGAAUUGGUGCCAUCUUUUUUAACCUCUUGAAUAUGUUUCUUUCUUUUCAGUUUCCCAAGAUCCAGGCGUUAAAUUGAAAUAAAUGUGCUAAUGGUACUUUGCCCACAGCGGUUUUUGAUACUGAGCUGCGUGUUAUUCCUAAUAUAGAGUUUGUGAACACGAGCAGCGCCCUCCCAGAGCUAGAAUCAUACCUCCUCUGUAUGUGUGAUCACAGAUGAAGGGUUCGAGCAUACUCCUCUUGUGAUUGCUGGUGACGGGAGACAAUACUGUUUGUUAAUCUGGGCUGAACCCUCCUCGUGCAAUAGAAAUAACAGUGUUGACAGCUCGGUGCUAUUCCCAUCCUACCCUGAAGUUUGUGUCACAGUGAGAUGUGACGUCAACCUUUCGCUGGUUUCUGCUCAUGCCCUUUUUGAGCACGACUUAAUCCAGAAUGCAGUUUGAGAUCAUACAUUGAAAAGUACGCUAUAGCUAAGUUAAAUGACUAAAUUUUGCUUGCCUGGUUUGUCUCAUUGAAUCAAAUGGAUCCUGUGAAUACGGUUACAUUUUGUAAUGGUACUCUAGUAUUUUAGACAGAUCUCAUCACUACAGCGUCUAUCUCCUUUAGCAGACAUUUUUGUAAUUGUAAUCUUUAGAUAAUUUAGUAUAAUAACAUAUUAAGGAUAAUAUCAAUACAGUAAUAGUGGUUCUGUUUUCUCUUUCUGACCAAUACCCAAUCUGUUCUCUAAUUUACUGCAUGUUGGAAUAAGUGUGUAUAUACUGGAAGCUUCAGAAUAGACCGUGUUGCCACAUAUGAUGAUGAACUUCACUGGAAGUAAAAGGUCAAAUCAAUGAAUGUUCCUUUAGGUUCAUAUCUGAACUCAACCAGCAUCCAGGGAUUAGUGUCUUACUUGGAUACCAUCUUAGAUUUGUCUUGAUACUAUUUUAACUGGUUUUUGAUAUUGCAAAGACCACUAACUUAUCCUGCAGUGUUUGUUGCCACGUGUGGAAAAAUUAUCUGAUCAUAUUUUUGCACUGGCUAUUCU